AUGUACAGACAGUUUCCACUGUCACGUAUUAAUGGCAAAGUGUCUCAACAUUGCUUGAAAGUUCUGGAUAACGAGACGAAAAGGAUGCGGGAUUUGAGUUACCAGGUCCAUGAACGGUGUGGAUGUGCUAUGCGUGUGACCCAUGGUCUUCCAUGUGCUUGCCAGAUACAUGAUUCGAUAGUUGCACAGAAAGGAUUGUAUAGCAGCCAAAUUCAUUCUUUCUGGAAGACACUGGUUAUUGGUGAUGGUGUUAACAUUCCUGAAGUGGUUAAUGAUUCGACCGAGGAGGCUGCACAUUUUCGGUCCCUAAUUGAUGAAGUCAUGGAAAGUGACCCGGCCGUACGUCGAAAUGUAACACGAAUCAUUGAAGAGGAGCUACAUCCAGAUCAUUCACACCUUGAAGAACCACAUAUCAACCUUAACACUCGUGGUCGACCGAAGAAAAAUGACACCAGGCGUGAUCGUAGCUAUUUCGAGCAUGUGAACCGUCAACACACUCAACGUAGUGGUGACCCAGAACCAGAUCCAAGUGACAUUAGUCAAUGCAGGUAUUUGAACUUGCUUCCAGCCCCAAUGUUGCCGUACAUUUCGUCUUGGAAGGAUGUCAUUGGUGAUGGGAACUGUGGCUUUCGUUGUGUCGCCGACUUCUUCUUUGGCGAUCAAAAUCAGUGGUUUGACGCUCGGGAAACAAUAGCGAAUGAGAUCGCUGGUCAUCGUGAUUUGUACGAACGGAUUUACGGGCUUGGGCGACUUUGGAUGAACGUAGAGCGUAUUCGAUGGGAUGGUGGGGCUGUUGGGGAGCGGCAUAGGAUGGUUACAAUUCAAUAUUUAUUUCCCAUUGCUACGUGGUUCAACGCAAGGGUGAUUUGUCUCGGGGUAGGCCUAGUACCAACUUGCUACUACCCAUGCAUCACAAUCUUACCGCUGAGGGCACGCAACGGGGUUCGGUCACCGACUCGAGAGUUUGUGAUUGCUACAGUUGGUGGAUCACAUUUCAUCCGUCUUGACCUUGUACCUGAUUCACCACUCCCGCCGAUCGCCGGUUGGUGGACGGAACACCACGAGGAUAGUGUCAAUGGAUGGGAUCAAGCAUAUCAAUUGAGAAGGGACAUGUGGGAUGCAUUAGUUAGGUAGUUUGUAAUGUACAUUCACUAACUUUGAACAUUUGUAAGAAAAUUAGAAUUAUGAAAUUAAUUUUAAAU